AAUUAUAAAUAAAUAAAAUAUAUUGGUAAAAAAAAAUUUUAAAUAAAUAAAAUUGUGCAUAAUGGCGAUGGAAUGGAUAACAGCUAUGGACAAACGUCCUUGUGAUCGCAACCUACGUGAUGUGGAACUAAUAUCCUGUCGCUUGCGACGCGUGGAGCCGCUCUGUCGCCUGCCAGGGUCAGCCUUGCAGCAGUUGGCCAUGUGCGGCUUCUACGAGGACUUGGAGAAGGGCGUCACACUUUUUCGCGCUGGCGAACAAGGACGCUUUUGGUAUGCGGUCCUCGGCGGCUCAUUGGAGGUGCGCUAUCACGCUCAUUCCGAUGCCGAUGGAAAGAGCUCCGUCACUUUGUGUAAUCUUGGCGUGGGCGCCACAUUCGGCGAAUCAAUACUACACGACCUGCCAAGGGACAGCACCGUCGUGACGAAGACAACCUGCGAGCUGCUACGCGUCGAACAGCAGGAUUUUCGACUCAUCUGGGAGAAAAACAAGGAGUUGAUGAAUGACAUUAUUACCAAUUGCAAAAUAAAGAACGGUUUUGGUCCUGGCGUACAACCAGCAGGUGCCACUUCGCCCACUAAACGCCCACUCAGUCCGGAUCAUCCCAAUCCAGCGUUGCCCAUAACCGAGACGCCGAGUCCUGCUAUGAACCGCAUGGGCUGGGCGCUGCGCACAUUAUUGGUGGUCGAUAACUCAAGCUGUCUGAAGGAUCGUAAGGUCUCGGGCAAGUUAAUACGCAAGUGUGCGCCCGGCACAGAGCUCGUCGAUUGGCUGGUCAACUUGGCACCGAUUGUUCACACACGCGCCCAGGCGGCGGGCAUGUGGCAGGCCCUGCUCGAAGAAGGCGUACUGACACAUGUUAACAAGGAGCAGCCGUUCAAGGAUAAAUGCUUUCUGUAUCGAUUUCGCUUGGACGAGGAAGGCGGCGCUGCGGCAGCCGGCACACCAUCUGCUGAGGAUCUCAAUGCGGCUAAUGAGCACAUACGUGAGGCACUGAGUGCACUCUUCCAACGUGGUCCCGAUGCAACGUUGCGCAUGAUAUUGCGCAAGCCCUCACACGAACGCACACCCGAGGAACUGGAAUUGGUAUUUGAGGAGCUUGUCCAUAUAGCUGCCCUCUCUCAUCUAUCGACUAGCAUCAAGCGCGAGCUAUCCUCAAUAAUUGUAUUCGAGGCCCACGCACAGGCGGGCACCAUAUUAUUCAAUCAAGGCGACGAGGGGCGCUCCUGGUAUAUUUUACUCAAAGGCUCUGUGGAUGUUGUGAUACAUGGCAAAGGCACUGUUGCCACACUGAAGACUGGCGAUGAUUUUGGCAAAUUGGCUUUGAUUAACGACGCACCCAGAUAUACAUUGCUUUUAUAUAGAUAUACCGUGAUGUCGGGCACACCAAACAAAAUGCUGGAGCAUUUGUUAGAGACGCGCCUGGGACAGUCUGUCAGCGGCAUGGAUCCAUUUCUGGAUGACUUUCUGCUCACGCAUAUUGUGUUUAUGCCCGUGGUGCAGCUCGUCGAUGAAUUGGCCAACUACUUUCAUUGCGAUGCCCAUGAGGAGGCGCAAACGCCCGAGGAUCGUGAAUAUAUAAUCAACUUCAAGAAGCGCGUCAUCCAGUUCAUGCAAAAGUGGGUCAUGGCAGUGCGACACGCGGCAUUUGAGGAGCCGAGCGUGUGCGAUUUCAUAGAGGAUUUGGCCGCCGAGGUGGAGGCCGAUCCGGACUUGAACGAGGAGACGAGCAUAAUUCACAAUGUGCUAACACAAAUGGCACGCUACCAGGAGGAUCGCAAUCAGAAUGCGGGCCAAAAGUGGAAGCUGCCAACAAAUGGCCAGCCGAUUUGUCUAUUCAGCGGCAAUGCCACGCCCUCAAAGACCGUCAUACGGCCGGACGAUGACAUAAUUUUCCGUGUUUACUGUGCGGACCACACCUACUGCACUCUGCGCUUCCCCAUGCACACCACCGCCGAGCUAAUCAAGGCCUGCGCCGCCGACAAGCUGCAAUUGAAUCGCGGCCCCGACGACCUGUGCCUGGUCGAGGUCAAAUCGAAUGGCGAACGGUCCGUAUUCAAAGAUAACGAUGUUAGCAUACCUACGGGCCUCUCUCUCAAUGGCCGUCUCUUUGUGUCCGUCAAGGAUCAUCUGGAUGCUUUGACUCCGCUGCCGGAACAGGAGUGCCCCACAGAGGGUGUUGACAUUGAUUUGGAAAUAUUGAGCACCAAAGAGCUGGCCUAUCACAUCACCAUCUUUGAAUGGGACUUGUUCUGGGCCGUCCAUGAGUACGAGCUGCUGUAUCACACAUUCGGCAGGCAUCACUUUGGCAAGAUUACGGCCAAUUUGGAUGUGUUCUUGAGGCGCUUCAAUGAGGUGCAAUACUGGAUUGUCACCGAGCUCGUCUCAACGCCCAGCCUGAGCAAACGCGUCGGCCUCGUACGCAAAUUCAUCAAGCUAGCCGCUUACUGCAAAGAGUAUCAGAAUCUGAAUGCCUUCUUUGCCAUUGUCAUGGGCCUGUCGAACAUGGCCGUUACGCGACUGCAUCAGACCUGGGAGAAGAUACCAUCGAAGUUUCGGAAAAUCUUUCAGGAGUUCGAAGCUCUGAUCGAUCCCAGUCGCAAUCAUCGCGCCUAUCGCGUCUUCGUUGGCAAGCUGCAGCCACCGCUGAUUCCGUUUAUGCCGCUGCUGCUCAAGGACAUGACCUUCGCCCACGAGGGCAACAAGACCAGCCUCGACGGCCUCGUCAACUUCGAGAAAAUGCACAUGAUGGCCCAGACCAUGCGCACCAUACGCUUCUGUCGCUCACGCAGCCUGGGCCUGGAACCGCCUUCACCCAAAAGCGAGGGCGAGGUGCGCUCGUACAUUAGCAGUUUUCGUGUGAUUGACAAUCAGCGGGUGUUGACCGCCAUGUCGCAGAAGGUGGAGCCCACCAGGAAGCUAAAUUAAACACAAACAACAAGCAUCAAAUCUAAAUGUCAAAUCGUCGCAUAGUCCCAACUAGUAUUAGCGAGUAUUUAGUGUCUAUAACAGAAACUUUUAAAUUUAUAAAUAACAAUGAAUAUAUAUACAUAUAUACAUACAUUAAUGGCGAGUAUAAACUGUAAUUAACUGCACAGUUAUGAGCUUAGCUGAGUUGAUUUUUAGCUGCUGUCCCGCUAGCGACCAACCAGUGCAUUCAAAACUAAAAUAAAA